AAAUAAAAUCAAACCAACAAAAUCCAAAACAUCAUUUCCGCACCAAAAAAGAAACGCGCAUUUACGUUGGGAGAGUUCAGCGAAAAUGGCAGGCGAAGCAGCAGCGGCGGCGAAUUUCUGGGGUGAUACGCCGGAGGAAGACUAUUACAGGUCGCAGGGUGUACGCAACACCAAGUCUUACUUCGACACUCCCAACGGAAAGCUCUUCACCCAGAGCUUCUUACCCUUGGAUAAAAAAGUGAAGGCCUCCGUCUACAUGACCCACGGCUAUGGAUCCGACACUGGUUGGCUCUUCCAGAAGAUCUGCAUCAACUUUUCCAAUUGGGGUUACGCUGUUUUCGCCGCUGAUCUUCUCGGCCAUGGCAGAUCCGAGGGUCUCCGCUGCUACUUAGAGGUCGUGAAUGUAGGUGACAUGGAGAAAGUUGCUGCAACAUCCUUAUCAUUCUUCAAGCACGUCCGGAACAGCGAUGAAUACAAAGACUUACCUGCAUUCCUGUUUGGUGAAUCCAUGGGAGGAGCAGCAACAAUGCUCAUGUACUUUCAAUCCGACCCUGAAACUUGGACCGGUCUAAUUUUCUCGGCGCCGCUCUUUGUGAUGCCUGAGAACAUGAAGCCGAGUAAGGUGCGGUUGUUCAUGUAUGGUCUGCUCUUCGGAUUAGCUGAUACAUGGGCAACUAUGCCGGAUAACAAGAUGGUUGGAAAAGCAAUCAAAGACCCAGAAAAGCUUAAGAUCAUAGCAUCAAACCCAAGAAGAUACACUGGACCACCAAGGGUUGGAACCAUGAGGGAGCUGGCUAGGGUUUGUCAGUACAUUCAAGACAAUUUCUCAAAGGUAAGGGCACCAUUUUUGACAGUUCAUGGGACUAGUGAUGGUGUCACAUGCCCAACAUCAUCUAAAUUGUUGUAUGAGAAGGCAUCAAGUGUGGACAAAACCUUGAAACUGUAUGAUGGGAUGUAUCAUUCCUUGAUUCAAGGGGAGCCUGAUGAGAAUGCUGAUCUUGUUUUGAAGGAUAUGAGCGAGUGGAUUGAUGAAAGGGUUGAGAGGUAUGGGUCUAAAUAAUGUGUUUGUUAAACCUAUUCGGCUUUUAUUAGGUCCUUAAUAAUUAAUUGGGCAUUUGGUGGACUAAUUUGAGAUUUGAGGACCCCCAAAACAACAACAACCCCUCAAAAGAUUCUUGUAAUAAAGACGACAAAUGGAAAUUAUUAUGUGGUUUGUCAUGAUAUUGUAUAAUUUGUUAUAUGGUGUAGUAAUUAUUUGGUUUAAAGAUACUUGCCUUAUUUAA